CUCUCUCUCUCUCUCUUUCUCUGCAAACAGGCAAAGAAAGCUGCAAUGUCAAAUCAUCAAAAUGAAGAGAAGCAAGUGGGUGUUGAUGAAGAAGAAGAAGAAGAGAAAUGGGUGAAGCAUUAUUCGUCGAAUCACCAAAUACUGUUGGUGGGUGAGGGAGAUUUCUCUUUCUCUUUAAGCUUGGCCAACUCUUUUGGCUCUGCUUCCAAUAUUCUCGCUUCCUCUCUCGACCCUUAUGAUGUGUUGAUCAAGAAAUACAAGGAAGCAAAAUUGAAUUUGGAAAAUUUAGAAAAGCUCGGGGCAUCCCUCUUACAUGGAGUGGAUGCAACUGAAAUGAAGCGUCAUAGUGAACUGAGAUGGCGGAAAUUUGAUAGGAUUAUCUUUAACUUUCCUCAUGCAGGGUUUCAUGGAAAGGAAGAUCAUGCACAUGUGGUUAAGAUGCAUAGAAAUCUUGUGCAUGGCUUCUUCCAUAAUGCAAUAGGGAUGCUUCGAGCAGAUGGUGAAAUUCAUGUGAACCACAAAACUACAGCUCCAUUCUGCCACUGGAAUAUAAUGGAACUUGGUUUAAAGAACUGGUUGGUAUUGAUUGACUGUGUUGAUUUCAAGAAAGAAGACUACCCAGGUUAUCAUAACAAAAGAGGGGAUGGUUCGAGAUGUGAUGAACCAUUUCCUUUGGGUGAGUGCAGCACCUUUAAGUUCAGAUUGUCCCCUACAGCUAAAAGGUUGCAUACCGGGAUAACCAGUAUGGUUGCAUCAAUGCAUGAAAGACCUCAGCAAUUUCAGAGGAUUCCAAUGCAAAUGCAGCAGCGGUCGUCUUCAAUAAAAUUCAGUUCUCGAGCAGGUCACUUAACAAAUAUGGAACAAACUUCACAGCAUGUGAGUUUUCCAUUAACAAGCAGCACUGGAAAUUCAUUCUCUGGGAUGAAUGAUGGGCACUUGAUCAAUCCUACAGUAACAUUUGGAGGAACCAAUCAUGAUUUAAGACACUCCUUUCACACUCCUAGGCCUGCUAUUCAGGGGAAUCCUAUUCAAAUGCAGCAGUGGUUGCCUUCAAUUAAAUUCAGUUCUCGAUUAGGUCACUUAACAAAUAUGGAACAAACUUCACAGCAUGUGAGUUUUCCAUUAACAAGCAGCACUGGAAAUUCAUUCUCUGGGAUGAAUGAUGGGCACUUGAUCAAUCCUAUAGUAACAUUUGGUGGAACCAAUCAUGAUUUAAGGCACUCCUUUCACACUCCUAGGCUUGCUAUUCAGGGGAAUCCUAUUCAAAUGCAGCAGUGGUCGCCUUCAAUUAAAUUCAGUUCUCGAGCAGGUCACUUAACAAAUAUGGAACAAACUUCACAGCAUGUGAGAUUUCCAUUACCAAGCAACACUGGAAAUUCAUUCUCUAGGAUGACUGAUGGGCACUCGAUUAAUUCUACAGAAGCAUUUGGAGGAACCAAUAAUGAUUUAAGACACUCCUAUCGUGCACCUAGGCCUAAUUUUGUGAGAGACUUUGUAGCAAUGCCAGGAAGAACCUUGAGUGGCGACAUGUAUGCUUUGCGUGAGCAUCAUCGUAUCAGCAUUUUGAGGUCGAUGCGGCUGAAUAGGUUGUUGGGUCAUGAUCACCAGUUGAAUGAAAGUGAUGAACAGCAAUUGGAGUACAGGUGACUACCAUAGGUUUAGUUUUUGUGUUGGUUAUUUGAAGUAUAUUUGUGAAGAAGUGGUGAUUAAGACUUUUGAAGCUCUGUGAUUGUAUAUUCUGCCAAGUUUUACUUUGAAAGCUGAUCUUUUUCCAG